AUGCCCCUCUCGUCCGGUUCCCUUCUUCCACUCCAGGUGAACGUCGCCUCCCGGGGAGGAGGCAAGGAUUCUGUGGCCCGAAGGAACGAACGAGAAAGGAACCGGGUUCGACUCGUCAACCACGGCUUCAACACUCUUCGACAGCACGUGCCCUGCGGCGGCAACAAAAAGUUGAGCAAGGUAGAGACGCUUCGCUCCGCGGUGGAGUACAUCCAGGAACUGCAAGAACUGUUGAUUGCUGCUGGCGGUCAGGUCCCCGUCUGCAAGACGAAGGAUCAAGACACGCCGUGCGAGGGCAGGAAAAAUGACUGCGGAAGCAGUAGCAGCACCGCUUCCGUGACGACCACCAACAGUUCCGAUGCUCAGCAAGAGAAUCUAUUGGAGUUAUACAGCUGGUUUUGA